GCCAGGGAAGCUUUUAUUCAAUUGAGAAGAACCCAGCAAAAUGGGGAUCUCCACAGUCAUCCUUGAAAUAUGUCUUUUACUGGGUCAAGUUCUAACUACAGCAACAGCGACAACAGCAAACCCCACAGAAACUGCUUGGAGGAUAACUGAAUUGGCAACAAGUGCUGGAAACUCUGCCCCAGUUAAUGCUUCAAAUGAUUUGGCCGUGAGGCUAGUGAAUGGAAGUGACCGGUGUCAGGGCCGGGUAGAGGUCCUGUACCAAGGCACCUGGGGCACUGUGUGUGACGACUUCUGGGACACCAAUGAUGCCACCGUGGUCUGCAGGCAGCUGGGCUGUGGCUGGGCCGUGUCAGCCCCAGGAAAUGCUCAGUUCGGCCUGGGAUCAGGGUCUAUUGUCCUGGAUGAUGUGCGCUGCUCAGGAUAUGAGUCCCACCUGUGGAACUGCCCCCACAACGGCUGGCUGUCCCAUAACUGUGGACACAAUGAGGAUGCUGGUGUCAUCUGCUCAGCUUCUGAAUCGGAUCUCACAACACCUAGUUUGCCACUGAGGCUGGUGAAUGGAGGUGACCGGUGUCAGGGCCGAGUGGAGGUCCUGUACCAAGGCUACUGGGGCACCGUGUGUGAUGACAGCUGGGACACCCGGGACGCAGAUGUCGUCUGUCGGCAGCUCGGCUGUGGCCAUUCUGUGUCGGCCCUGGGCGGGGCCCACUUUGGACAGGGCUCAGGAGACAUCCUCUUUGGUGCCGUGGACUGCUUCGGAUGGGAGCCCUACCUGUCUCGCUGUCCCCACAGUGGAUGGUACAACCACGAAUGUGGCCACAGGGAAGAUGCUGGUGUCGUGUGCUCAGCUUCCCUGUCUUCCACGGAGGCGACCCUGCCGGUAACUACAGCACAAGGUGCUCAGAGCCCAUUCACACAAAUCCCAGGUUGGCAGCACCCAACAACUGAGAUCUCUGGAUCUGAUUCCCCCUUGGCCCUGAGGCUGGUGAAUGGAGGUGACCGCUGCCAAGGCCGGGUGGAGGUCCUGUACCGAGGCUCCUGGGGCACUGUGUGUGACGACGGCUGGGACACCAAUGAUGCCAACGUGGUCUGCAGGCAGCUGGGCUGUGGUUGGGCUAGGUCAGCCCCAGGAAAUGCCCAGUUCGGCCAGGGCUCAGGGCUGAUUGUGCUGGACGAUGUGGCCUGCUCAGGGCAUGAGUCCUACCUGUGGAGCUGCCGCCACAGUGGCUGGCUGUUGCAUAACUGUGGACAUGGUGAGGAUGCUGGUGUCAUCUGCUCAGGCUCAUUCCAGACAUCACCCAGGCCAGACUCUUGGCCUAGGACGAGCGAAGCAGCCACAGUAGCUGAUUCCAGGCUGGCCCUGAGGCUGGUGAAUGGAGGUGACCGCUGCCAAGGCCGGGUGGAGGUCCUGUACCAAGGCUCCUGGGGCACCGUGUGUGACGACGGCUGGGACACCAACGACGCCAAUGUGGUCUGCAGGCAGCUGGGCUGUGGUUGGGCCACAUCAGCUCCAGGAAAUGCCCGGUUUGGCCAGGGCUCAGGGCUGAUUGUGCUGGACAACGUGGCCUGCUCAGGGCACGAGUCCUACCUGUGGAGCUGCCGUCACAAUGGCUGGCUGUCCCAUAACUGUGCACACAGUGAGGACGCUGGUGUCAUCUGCUCAGCCUCCCAGACCCAGUCCACGCCCAGACCAGAUUGGUGGCCGACAACAACUCCUGUCACUGGCUCUGACUCCGGGUUGGCCCUGAGGCUGGUGAAUGGAGAUAACCGCUGCCAAGGCCGCGUGGAGGUCCUGUACCGAGGCUCCUGGGGCACCGUGUGUGACGACGGCUGGGACACCAAUGAUGCCAAUGUGGUCUGCAGGCAGCUCGGCUGUGGUUGGGCUAGGUCAGCCCCAGGAAAUGCCCGGUUCGGCCAGGGCCCAGGGCCCAUUGUGCUGGACGACGUGGCCUGCUCAGGGCACGAGUCCUAUCUAUGGAGCUGCCGCCACAGUGGCUGGCUGUCGCAUAACUGUGCCCACAGUGAGGACGCUGGUGUCAUCUGCUCAGCCUCCCAGACCCAGUCCACGCCCAGACCAGAUUGGUGGCCGACAACAACUCCCGUCACUGGUUCUGACUCUGGGUUGGCACUGAGGCUGGUGAAUGGAGGUGACCACUGCCAAGGCCGGGUGGAGGUCCUGUACCAAGGCUCCUGGGGCACCGUGUGUGACGAUGGCUGGGACACCAAUGAUGCCAAUGUGGUCUGCAGGCAGCUGGGCUGUGGUUGGGCCACAUCAGCUCCAGGAAAUGCCCGGUUUGGCCAGGGCUCAGGGCUGAUUGUGCUGGACAACGUGGCCUGCUCAGGGCACGAGUCCUACCUGUGGAGCUGCCGUCACAAUGGCUGGCUGUCCCAUAACUGUGCACACAGUGAGGACGCUGGUGUCAUCUGCUCAGCAAGCCCAGUAAAUUCUACCACUCCAGGUUUGUUGUACCCAACGACUACAACCACUGUGGGACCGUCUUCAAAUUGUGGUGGCUUCUUAUUCAAUGACAGCGGGACCUUCUCCAGCCCAUCCUACCCUGGGUACUACCCCAACAAUGUUAAGUGUGUCUGGGGAAUAGAAGUGCGUUCCGGUUAUCGCAUAAACCUGGGCUUCAACAAUCUGCAUUUGGAGCCCCAUAGCAGUUGCAGUUUUGAUUAUGUUGAGAUCUUUGAUGGACCAUCGAAUAGGAGUAAUGUACUGGGGAAGAUCUGUAAUAACACCUCAAAAGUAUUCACAUCAUCUUCCAACCGGAUGACCGUUCAAUUUCGGAGUGACAUCAGUUUCCAAAACAUCGGGUUUCUUGCUUGGUACAACUCCUUUCCAAGAGACGCCGGCUUGAGAUUGGUGGACGGAAACUCCUCCUAUGGUGCAUGCUCUGGGCGUGUGGAAAUUUACCACAGUGGCAGGUGGGGGACGGUUUGUGAUGACGCCUGGACCAUUCAGGAUGCCCAGGUGGUCUGUAGACAGCUGCAGUGUGGCUAUGCUCUCUCUGCCCCGGGAAAUGCUUAUUUUGGCUCCGGCUCUGGUCCUAUCACUCUGGACGAUGUGACGUGCUCCGGAACAGAAUCCACUCUCUGGCAGUGCCGGAACCGAGGCUGGUUCUCCCAUAACUGUGGCCACCAUGAAGAUGCUGGUGUCAUCUGCUCAGGACCCUUCACGACAACCUCUGCAGCUCCUGUUUUCAACACCACCCACCCAAAUACAAAUUAUUCCUGCGGAGGCUUCCUGUCUCAACCAUCAGGGACGUUUUCCAGCCCAUUCUAUCCUGGGAACUAUCCAAACAAUGCCAGAUGUAUGUGGGACAUUGAGGUCAGAAAUAACUACCGUGUGACUGUGGUCUUCAGCAACGUCCAGCUGGAAGGCGGCUGCAGCUAUGAUUACAUUGAGGUGUUCGACGGCCCCUCCCAUAGCUCUCCACUCAUUGCCCGCGUUUGCGAUGGGGCCAGUGGCUCCUUCACGUCCUCAUCCAAUUUCAUGUCAAUUCGCUUCAUCAGCGAUGGCAGCAUCACAAGGAGAGGGUUCCUGGCUGAGUACUACUCCAGCCUUUCCAACGACAGCACCAGCCUGCUUUGUCUGCCAAAUCACAUGCAAGCCAGCGUGAGCAGGCACUACCUCCAGUCCCUGGGCUAUUCUGCCAGGGACCUUGUCAUUUCCAACUGGAAUGGGAGCUACAGCUGUCAGCCCCAGAUAACGCUGAGCCAGGUGAUAUUCAGAAUUCCCUACUCAGGCUGUGGCACCAUCAAGCAGGUAGAAAAUGACACCAUCAACUAUUCCAACUUCCUGAAAGCAGUUGUGUCCAGUGGCGUCAUCACAAGGAAGAAGGACCUCCACAUUCAUGUCAGCUGCAAGAUGCUCCAGAACACCUGGGUCAACACCAUGUACAUCGCCAACGACACCGUCGAGGUGCAGGAAAUCCAGUACAGCAACUUCGAUGUGAACAUCUCCUUUUACACGUCCUCCUCAUUCCUGUACCCUGUGACCAGCAGCCCGUACUAUGUGGACCUGGACCAGAAUCUGUACCUCCAGGCCAAAAUCCUCCAUUCUGAUGCCUCACUGGCCUUGUUUGUGGACACCUGUUUGGCGUCCCCAUACCCCAGCGACUUCACAUCUCUGACUUACGAUCUAGUCCGGAGCGGGUGCGUGAAGGAUGAAACCUAUCAGUCCUACCCGCAGCCGUCUUCCCGUGUCACCCGCUUCAAGUUCAAUGCCUUCCACUUCCUGAACCGCUUCCCCACUGUGUACCUGCAGUGUAGAAUGGUGGUGUGCAGGGCCUACGACUACUCCUCCCGCUGCUACAGAGGCUGCGUGGUGAGGUCCAAGAGGGACGUGGGCUCCUACCAGGAGAAGGUGGAUGUUGUCCUAGGACCCAUCCAGCUGCAGACGCACCAUGUGAAGAGGAGCCUGGGCAAGGGGCCACCCUCAGACCCCGCUGCCCACCACGACACAGGUCCGUAACUCUUGGGGGCUUGGGAUGUUUCUGUUGGUGUCAUGUUCCAACUCAAAUUGAGCACCUACUGUGUACUGGGCACCCUGCAUGCUAUGUCUAGCCAUACAAGUUGAAUCAUCCGGUUCCUGCCUCCACACAAGGCCAUGGUAUUGGGCAUAGUCAACAGAGAUCUGCCUGGGCAGCCAUUGGACCUGACACCUUUAUCCUUUGGGGUCUGAACUCAUGUAUUAAAUGAAAAUGUGAAUACUUGCCUCUCAGCACUGUUGAGAGGGUUCCAUAAAAUGCUGAUUAAACUGC